AAAAUUCCAUCUUUUUAUUUUCGGCCAUAUUCGCCGAAAGUUUGGUGUUCGGUUUAGGUCACGUAUCCUUUCGUGGCCUUUAGAUCACUGAUCUAAAAACUAUUCAAGAUGGUUCAAAAGAAGCCUAAGAAGAAGGUAGGGAAGAAGGUAGCGGCCGCCCCUCUGGUCGUGAAGAAGGUUGAGCCCAAAAAGGUUGUCAACCCCCUAUUCGAGAAGCGGAUGAAAAACUUUGCUAUUGGCCAGAACAUUCAGCCCACUCGUGACCUGUCCCGCUUUGUACGAUGGCCGAAGUACAUCCGCAUCCAGCGGCAGAAGGCCGUGCUACAGCGCAGGUUGAAGGUGCCCCCGCCAAUCAACCAGUUCACGCAGACACUCGACAAGACUACAGCCAAGGGUCUGUUCAAAAUCCUUGAGAAAUACAGGCCAGAGACUGAAGCCGUCAGGAAGGAACGCCUAAAGAAAGCUGCUGAAGCUAAAGUCGCCAAGAAGGAAGAACCCCCAGCGAAGAGGCCCAACACAAUCCGUGCCGGCACCAACACGGUGACCAAGCUGGUUGAGAAGAAGAAGGCUCAGCUGGUCGUCAUCGCUCACGAUGUUGACCCCAUUGAGCUGGUACUCUUCCUGCCCGCCCUGUGCCGUAAGAUGGGAGUGCCCUACUGCAUCGUCAAGGGCAAGUCCCGCCUCGGAGCGCUGGUCCACCGCAAGACAUGCUCGUGCUUAGCGCUCACUCAUGUGGAGUCUGGCGACCGUGCUGCCUUCACGAAGGUUGUGGAAGCCAUCCGCACCAACUUCAAUGAGAGAUACGAAGAGCUGAGGAAACACUGGGGCGGUGGUGUACUCGGAAACAAGAGUAACGCGCGUAUCGCCAAGCUUGAGAAGGCAAAGGCGCGGGAAAUUGCGCAGAAGCAGGGCUAAAUAAUAAAUAAGACGUUGUA